CAUGAUUGUAUAAAACGGGUAUAAUCAUUUUUCGUCAUGAUCAAUACACGCUACGUAAAAUGAAAAUCAGUGUCAUUUAUGCAAAGUAUGAGAUUUGCAACUAAGAGCAUACAGAGAUCUAUGAUAUUGAAGUAUUUAGAGAAGGGUAUGAAUAUGGAAUAUACAUUUUAUUUUUUAGUGUAGAGUGUCUCAGAAGAACUCAGAAGAAAAAAACACACGAAGAAGUUUGGGAAAUGUUAUGUGAAAUGUGCUGUAUAAACAUAGAUCUCGUGGAUCUUAUAGAACUCCAGAUCUUUUUGGGGCUUUCGAACGUUUUUUUUUUUUUUUUUAAAUGAAGGUAAAAUCGAACUAUUAAAGAUUAUGGUAGUAGUACAGUAUAGUGCAAGUUUUUUGCUAAUUCUGUGCAAGCUACAUAUAUUCUCAGCACUAAUAUCUUACAGUCUAUCGUCACACGUUAUAAUAACUUCACUGCUCUAAUGUAGUCAAAUUUCUUUAGUUAAACAGCUUUAAUAGCUUGUAUCAUAUUUUUUUUUGAAAUAAUUAUUUCUUAAAUUUUUUUAUUUUUUUUAUCUAGCUUUAUCCGUGGCAUUUGAAGAAAAGAUCGACAUCCAUUUGAUUAUUUACUGUAUAAACUAUAUAGGCGGUCACAUAGCAAUAAAGUAUUUCUCAUAUUUCUGCCAAUUCGUUCGUUUUACUUUUUCUUAUUAUGUCAUAAUCAAAACCAGAAACACUUCAUUGAUUUACUACAUCUCGAUUAUAGUAGUAUAACUUCCCGAUUUUGUUUUUUUUUUUCAAAAUCACAUAGUAAACCAACGUGAAUUUCACUUCAAUAAGGACGUAUAGAUACUUCCUACUGCGACUGGAACGUAAAAUGUACAUUAAAUAAAAGAACGAUAACUAUCAACAAUGGUUACUAGGAGAGACAUUACAUAUCGAUCGACAUUAUCAAAAUUGUCAGAACUGUACUGUAACCGUAAUUGUAUCUAUGUUCUUCAACAAUGGGGGACAAUUCUUUGUCUUCCAACGAAUAUCCAACAAGCGACAGUUUUAGAAAGAGAUGAUUUAUAUUUUAUGAUGUGCAUCCUAAUUCAAAUUGGUAGCCCCUUAACAGAACGAUUACGUCAUUUUCUUAUAGUAUUUCAAACCGGGGAACACUAUCCUAAUAUAUAUGACAUUCCAUAUUAUAACACAAUCAAGAAGUAUUUAAGAUUUUUGGGCUUAGAUCCACACCAAAAAUAUGGAUUGGUCAUUGUAAUUAUAAUGGUGAUUAGUAUGACAAGCGGACUUAUUCCAAUGUCAAUCGUAUUGUACGGAUCAUUAUACACCAAGAAUCUGGACAUGGUGCUCGAGUGUCUGCCACAUUUAGGUGCACUUUUGACCAGUGUCGUUAAAAUAUUGAAUGUUCAUCUAAACAGAGAAAACUUUAGAAAAUUGUUCGAUUCUAUAACGAAAGAAUGGCAGCAGCUGAAAUUAAGUCAAGAUUUGUACAUUCUGGAAGAAGUCACCAUACGGGGCAGCAAAAUGGCGAAAUUGUAUCGAAAUACUUUACUGAUAUGUAUGGUUCUUUUUUUACUCGUUCCACUGCUUCCUCCUAUGUUGGAUAUCGUUCUUCCACUAAACGAAACUCGACCACGACAACAAAUACUUAAUGUUAAUUAUGUGAUUUUUGACAGCAAUAACUAUUUUUUCUACGUGUACUUACAGUUAUCUUGGACGUCAGUAGUAGUUUCAAUAAUCAUAGUUACCGUAGAUUCUUUAUUGAUGCUUAUAGUUCACCACAAUAGUGGACUAUUUGUAGUAUGUGGGCACCAAAUCCAGAAAAAUACAAGGAACUUAAAUUCGUUCACUAAUGAAGUUAUGUCGGAACGUUACACAUACAAACAGAUCAGAAAUUGCGUGAUCAUGCACAAUAAAGCCAUAGAGUUUUACGAUAUAUUAGAUGAAAACAAUCGAAUUAGCUAUAUGAUUCAAACUGGACUAAAUAUGAUUGGUAUAACCACGACAGCUGUUCAAACAGUCAUUAACUUAGAUAGACCGGGAGAAUCAAUUAAAAGCGCUGUGCUAUGCGGUGCUAAUCAGUUUCAUUUGUUUAUGCUUAGUUUACCUGGACAAAUACUUGUAGAUCAUUGCACCGAACUAACGAAACAAUUAUACAAUUCUACAUGGUAUGGAGCACCAAUGGGAGUUCAAAAAAUGCUUUACAUGAUGCAAAUAAGAACUAGAAGGCCAUGUACAUUAACUGCGUGUGGAUUAUACCAAAUGAACAUUGAGAACUUUGGAACUACCUUCAAAACCUGCAUAUCGUACAUUACGAUGAUGUUGUCAUUGAAAGGAUGAAGUUCACUGUUACCUCUAUAUCCGUUGCAUUUUAUACUUGGACUGAGUAAGCAUGAAGAUGGUAUAAUAACCGAUAUAAUAGUUUGUCAUUAUAUCGAACGUACAAAUAAAAUUAAUAAAUCACGAUGAUUAGUUGAUAUACUUUAA